CGAAGUAUCUAUGGAAUUCUUUGUUGGAUCAGUCACCAUGGAUUGUUCCUACAUAAAGCUUGGGGGAGGAUGGAAUGCAAGGACAGAGCUUCAAGUCAUCGCAUCGUAUACAUCACCAUAAUAACCACUACUAUUCGAUUCACAGUUCGAUUAAGCCCCUUUCCUUUUGCAGCAUAAAGACCCUUUGUAUCUAUACACCAACCCAAACAUGUCUUCUCAAAUUCCGCGACCUAAACUUAAUUCAGAGCUUGCCCAGGUGCAUCAAGCCCUCCCAAAGAUUGGGAUGAGCACCAAGGAAGAGCUCGAAUCUUACCGUCAAUUUUUAGGAUCGUCCUUCUCACUGGAGGAUGCGAUCCGAGGCAGAGAGGAUGUGCUCUCUUACGAAGAACGAGACAUCCCAGGGCCAGCCGGACCGAUGAGGGCUACGAUAUUUCGUCCAAAGAACGAGACCCAGCGGAUAGAAGAGACACCGGGAGUCCUUUGCAUGCAUGGAGGUGGGCUGGUCAGCGGGAAUCGCUUCGUAGGAGUCAUCGGCAUGUUGGACUGGGUCCAGGCUCUCGGUGCUACCCUUGUGACUGCCGAGUACCGCCUCGCUCCUGAGUAUCCCCAGCCUGCAGCGCUGGAGGACAGUUACGCAGCACUCCAGUGGAUGAGCAAUCACUCAACAGCACUUGGAUUCAACCCGCGCAAAUUGGUUGUAUGUGGUGGCUCGGCAGGCGGGAAUCUCGCUGCCGGGGUUACGUUACUGGCUCGCGACCGAUCGGGGCCUGAAGUCUGCGCUCAAGUACUAAUGUAUCCGUUACUCGACGAUAGUAACCAGGGGCAUUCUGUACAGCAAUUUGGUGACAUCGCUCCCUGGACUGGGUUGAACACUAUUGAUGCCUUGAGAUACGCUCUUGGCAAGAACCACGAGCAUGCUGAUAUGUAUACCGUUCCUUCGCGCGCUACGAACCUCUACAGUUUGCCACCCACAUUCAUUGACGUUGGUGAGGCGGACGCAUUCCGUGACGAAGAUAUGGCUUAUGCUGCGAACUUGUGGAAGUCUGGUGUAUCCACAGAGUUGCAUGUAUGGCCUGGUUGCUGGCACGGCUUCGAUGCGUUUGUGCCAGAUGCGCCUAUUAGUCUGCAGGCGGGGGCUGUCCGUCUGAAUUGGCUCAAAAAAGUGCUCGAAAGCUCCUGAUAGAGUUAUCAAUGUGGGUACUUACGCAUUUGAUGGGGUUAUGACGAUAUCUUUCCUUUGAUUUUACAACUGUAUAUAGCUUCCAUGUGCCCGGCAUUGUUU